GCUCUGUCAGUAACACAUGUGGAAGCGCCGCGGAGGGAGCGAGCGAGCCGGCUAGAGGCCCGCGCCGCCGCCGCCGCCCCCGAGCCGAGCCGGGCAGCAGCAGCCCCCCGGGGCAGCGGCGCAGGCUCCAGCGCGCCCGGGCCCGGCCGGCCGCAGCCCCCCGCAGCCCCCCGCGCCGAGCCGCCGGCCGCUCCCGGGGCCGUGCUUGCGUGCGGCGGCUCCCGGCCGGAGGUGCAGGGGAGUGCGGCCGAGCCGCCGCCGCCGCCAGCCCGGGCGGGCGAGCAGGCGGGCGGGCGCGCGGGAGGGAGGAAGGCGGCGGCGGAGGAGGAGGAGGAGGAGCGGGCGGAGCGCGGCGGGGGCGGGGGCGUAUACAAAGUGAAGCCACAUUGCCAAACUUGCAGCAGCGAUUGCAGCAGUUGCUGCCGCUGCGCCGCGCCUCCAGCCGCGCCGCGCGGGCCGAGGGCUUCCUGCAGCUGCUCGAGCGCAGCCGGGAGGUGGACGAGAAGGACGAGCGCCCGGACUGACACUUCUCCGCUCCCGGCCGCCUGCCACUUUACGCCGGGGCUCCCCAACCCAGCGCCAAAGCUGCGCGAUUAAAAAACAACAACAGCAACAACAACAAACACCCGGCCGCCCUCAGCCCCCUCCUCCCCUUUCCUGCAUCUGCGAAAACUCCCUCCCUCCCUGCGCGCCGCCGGCCGAGGCGCCCCUAAGCCUGGAAGCCGAGCGGCUCCGCUCGCCCGUCGCCACCGCCGCCCGCAGUCUCGCAGUGUAGGGGAGAAGCAGAUCAUGGUGAACCCGGGCAGCAGCUCGCAGCCGCCCCCGGUGACGGCCGGCUCCCUCUCCUGGAAGCGGUGCGCAGGCUGCGGGGGCAAGAUUGCGGACCGCUUUCUGCUCUAUGCCAUGGACAGCUACUGGCACAGCCGGUGCCUCAAGUGCUCCUGCUGCCAGGCACAGCUGGGCGACAUCGGCACGUCCUGUUACACGAAGAGCGGCAUGAUCCUCUGCAGAAAUGACUACAUUAGGUUAUUUGGGAAUAGCGGAGCUUGCAGUGCCUGCGGACAAUCGAUUCCUGCAAGCGAGCUGGUCAUGAGGGCACAAGGCAAUGUUUAUCAUCUUAAGUGUUUUACAUGCUCUACCUGCCGGAAUCGCCUGGUCCCGGGAGAUCGGUUUCACUACAUCAAUGGCAGUUUAUUUUGUGAACAUGAUAGACCUACAGCUCUCAUCAAUGGCCAUUUGAAUUCACUUCAGAGCAAUCCACUACUGCCAGACCAGAAGGUCUGCUAAAAGGUCAGAGUGAUGCAGAAUGCGUGCCUUCAUCUCAGAUUUUGUUCAUCACAGGUGGACCCCAUGUGUCUUCAGUAGACAAGUCACCUCCGUAGCUAGCACCAGUGCCAGCUCCAUGCCAUUGCACCUUCUUAGUCUUGAUUGCCCUUCCCGCAUUUAUUGGUGUAUUAAAAUGACUGAAUAUGAACAUUAAGGACUCCAUGAACCUGGGCUAAUGGGAGACUGUAGAGAAAAUGAAAAAAGAUCCACCGGAGGACAUCUUGGGGGGGGUGGGGGAGGGAGCUUGGGGGGAGGGAAAUGACUAAUGAAGCUAAUUAAAAGAAGCAUUCAAAUCUGCUUUCUACCCUCAUUAACAAUUAGCAGGGCACUGGCCAGAGUUUGUACCCUGUGUUUUACCUUUAACAACAUUCUAUUUGCUCUUUGUAUAUUUAAGUGUUGUAAGGAAACGUGUUUCAAUCAAAACCGAACAUGAGAUAAAGAAGAGAUGUGGCUUUUGUGAUAUUCUAUCACAAACACUUUUAUUGUAUCUCUGUAAAAUACAAUGUAUGUAUGCAUGUAAGUGUUUUUGUCCUAAUGUUGCUACUCUCAUGGCAAAGAUUAAAAAAUAAAUGAAUGAAAAAAGGGAAAAAAUGGGAAAAAAAAUCAGGCUCAUAGCAGCUACUUGUGUAGAAAUUUCCCCCUACUUCUAAUUUGCUGAAUGAAGAAAAAAAAAAUCUUUUAUUUGUGAUAUUUUCAGAGACAUUUGCUCUAGUAUGGUGUAUUUAAAUAAUAAAAACUUAAAAGAAAAA